AUGGUUGAAUCAAAAAACUUUGAGCAGUCACCACCCCUGACGGCUAGCGACUCACCCGACCAUGCGAAGCGGUCCAACACACCGGCGCUGCUUGUACGCAGGUCCUCGUUGAUGAGCAAGUUUUCCGAAUCUGGCUCCUCUGCGUAUGUUCUUGACUGGGAAAGCAACAGCUGCAAGCAGCGGCUCCUUAAUCAUGCCGACGACCUUUUGAGAGAAGCGGUGGGUCGGAGGCGGCUCACGAUCGUUCAAGGGCUUCCGUUGGACCUAGUCCAGGUUCUGAGGGACUCAUUAGGCGUCAGUCCUAGUUUUCUCGAAGCACAUGCGGGGCGGCGGUCGCAUCGAUCUUCGAGGCAGGAUGGCGGCUCGAGCUUCAUAUCCUUCGAAUACCCGGAACUUAUCAAGACAGCCCGAGGAAGUUUCGGGCUGGAUCCUGGAUAUAAGCCGUCUGCAAGGCCAUCGGAUCUAGUAGAUGUCAUGGAUGAAGCCCCCUUCCAUAUGAUGACCAAGGAUGGACAAGCGGUUAUGUUUUGCCGUGUGUCGUUGUGGAUGAGUAGCAAGGCCGAUGUACUGUUUCUCGAUCGACCCAUAUGGAAUGAUCCUUCUUCACAAGUCAGAAUGGCCCGGCGGCCGCUGUCAGUCACCCGCUCGUGGCAGACAAAGAUCGACGAGUCGCAAAUGGACGGCACUUCCGUGUGGAAUGUCCUUAUUGCAGAAGGGGACGAGCUCCCGGGACUUGAGGACAGCCUCUUGCGAACGUUCCGGCAAUCGAAUGUUGCUAGGCAAAGCCUACCCGAUAUCCUCCAUGAAGCAGUCUAUGACAAAUGGCAGGACUUCUUCGAGACUCUGCCGCCGUACUCCCAGCCAGGUUCUUGUCAGGACUCAUCUCUGUACUGGCAAGCAACAGGGUCUCUGGAGCAAAAUCUGGACUCAGCCUACGCCCAGGAGUCGCAGCUAACGACCGGUGGCGUACGGCAAACGGAUUGGCGCAUCCUCCUCGAGCGAUUGCAGCGCCGCGUGGCUAUCUCGGGGCUCGGGACUUCGACGGUUCCGCAAACGCCUGGAUGGCUGCGCACACAACCGACGACAGCGGCAUUGCAGACGCGAGACAUGAAUCUUCCCGAGCAGAACAGUCAGCCGAAUCUCGACGACAGCAGCCAUUGGUUAGAUGAGAAGGAAGCUAAUCAACGGGCGCUUGAUCGUGUCACCUACUUAGGGGGCAUCAUACUCCCGUUCACCGUAGUAUCGGCCAUUCUUUCCAUGAACGAUGAGUAUUCGCCUAAUUCGCCGCAUUUCUGGGUGUUUUGGGUGGCCUCCGUUGGCGCUGCCAUGCUUUGCCUGUCAAUCAUCUACUUGGACCAACUGCGGUGUCUCCAGGUCUACUUCGAAGUGGCAGCCGCCAAGAAAGUCGAAUCAAUCAUCACGUCCGGUAGGACACAUGAUGGCGCUGGUGUCGCGCCUAUGCCCAUAGCGACAUCCGGGACUCGCUGGCCGUCGCGGUUGACCGCCCAGAUGUUAGUCGACGGACCCGAGCCUGGAAUGAACGAUAUGGAGGUCAUGGCCGAUUCGGCCGUGAACCCUACAAUGCUUGUUCAACAGUGCACGGACGGGUCACAGCCGAAGGCAUGGCAGAGGAGGCAGCUUGGCUGGGGCGGCGCGGUGAAGAAGGUCGUCGGGUAUUAUCGGUGGAUGGGCAGCAAGCCAGUGCAGCUGAGUCCGUACGGUGAAGGUUUCCGGAUGAAGGCGGUUUAG